GAUCCUGCAUGUUAGCGUCCAUUGUCAGUUGCAGAGAUUUCGUUUCAAAGAGGGCGGACAAGUCGAGACCAGCUGACAGUAGCAACGGCUACCAGCACCAUACCUAACUGGAGAUUAUAAUAUAAGGCAAUCCAGCACUGGUUUCAAAAUGCCUGGAAAGGCUAUGAAAUGCGUUGUCGAGAUUGACGUCCAUGUUGUUACCUGUCCUGGGACAUUCUUGAAAGAUUACGAGUAUGUGUAUCUUAAUGUCGAGAUGCUCGGGCUAGAGGCAAGAACGAAGUCGGUACCACCCACCUUUCCACUGUUCUUCCAUGAACGCUUGAAGUUUGAAAGGACAUUUUAUGACUGCACUGAUCCGUCGUUGGUUGCAGCGUUACUGAAGGGUGAAGAUGUCAUCGUAGAACUUAGGCAACACACUGAUUACAUAUCAGAUGGAAAGGUGAUAUCACAUUGCAGUAGCAACACUCAUGAUUUCCUCUUCCCUGCAAUUCCUCAAUACUAUGGACCUGGGAGAGAGAUUCUUCUGUACAAAACUGCUAGGUUUAAGCCAAUUAGAAUCACUGGAGAGCCAGUGAAGAUGGAAUUUUCAUCAAAGACUGCCAUCAGUGAAAUUUCAGAUCUGUACAGCACAUCUGGAGCUUCACUGCGCCGAUCAAUAUCUCGUUCUCGAUCAGUGUCUCCUGUUAGACUUUCUCGCUCAAUGUCAUCUUCUGAACUGAAAACCGCAGAUCAUGAUUCUAGUUUUCUUGUAAAGAGAAAAGACGAUAAGAGUCUUCAAAAUCGUGAUUUCUCUUCUUUUAUUCGCCCGAAGCCUCGUCGAUCUAAGUCGCCUACGCGUACCAGAAGGGCAGUGUCGCCAAACGCAUCAUUUGGGCUUGGCAGCGCCACAGUAGAACCCUUACCGUCCUGGAAAUACUCAACCGAUUUUCCAUCGAGCACCCUCAGGUCAACUGCCAAACACACCCGCUCAAGAACAACUCCAAUUCGAUCAGCAAGUCCAACAAGGAGCCUGCGCUAUGCUCUGGAUGAUCUGCAUCUGAAGGACACCUUGCAACCAUCGAAAACGUACGCGGAUCCGGUGCUCAGAUACAAAGCACGUUAUUCCCCGAACUUAAAAGCAGCACUUGGUGCUUCAGACAGAAUACAAAGAAGGGUUGAAGAGCUUGUGAAGAGAAAAGAUUAUUCUCUUGAUUCUGAUGAGAACCUAAGUGAUGAGUCACUGGAUGUUUUGAGGGAUUCGCUUCGAGAGGAAAGGAAAGCAUUGAGUGAGGCCAUCAGAGAGGCAGAUCGAGAGGCGUUUUACCGCUCUGUUCGUUAACAAGAGCGUAUGAAGUUUUUGGCGAAGAUAAGAUGUAUUGGUGUCUUGUAAAAUUAAAACAAAGAAGAACAUUUGUAAUCCCUUUAUAAAUACAAGUUUAUCGAUAACUUUUAAAAGAAAUAACUUUAUUAUAUAGUGUAAAAGUAUUCCUUGUUUAAGGGCCUUAUCCAGAUUCUGUAAUUAGUAACAUCUCCUGGCUGAUAUAUUCAAUUAUUCAAUUUACUUAGGGCUCUAUGUCAUGAUUCCACUUCAAAACGAUCAUAUAUGAUUGUUUUCAUCUAAAUUUAAAAUUUUGUCUCACAUAUUGUAAUCUUCUAGGUCAAAUGCAGUGCAUUUAAUAUUUUUUUAUAAUAAUGUAAAGCGUGGUGCU